CACUUGACACUAGUUUAGAGGAGAUGGUCAGCCUGUCUGUCUCAGGGGCUGGGUUUCUCUUUUAUCCAAGAAGAGAGGGGAAAAAAUCAACAGUUUCAAGCAUGACGAGACAAAGACACUGAGUGAACAAAUAAUGAUUUAAAAACUUUCACAACUUACCAUGGCCAUAAGGGAGCUCAAAGUUUGUCUUUUAGGGGACACUGGAGUUGGGAAAUCCAGCAUUGUUUGCCGAUUCGUUCAGGAUCAUUUUGACCACAACAUAAGUCCCACAAUAGGAGCAUCAUUCCUAACCAAAACAGUGCCAAGUGGAAAUGAACUACACAAAUUUCUGAUCUGGGAUACAGCUGGACAGGAACGGUUUCACUCAUUAGCUCCUAUGUACUACAGAGGAUCGGCUGCUGCUGUCAUUGUCUAUGACAUUACUAAACUGGACUCUUUCCAGACACUGAAGAAGUGGGUGAAGGAGCUGAAAGAACACGGUCCAGAGGACAUUGUUGUAGCCAUAGCAGGGAACAAGAAUGAUUUAGGAGAUAUCAGGGAAGUUCCUAUGAAGGAAGCUAAGGAGUUUGCUGAAUCAAUUGCAGCUAUUUUCAUCGAGACUAGUGCCAGAAAUGCUGUCAAUGUGGAGGAGCUCUUUCAGAAAAUCAGUAAACAGAUUCCACCCCUGGAAAAUCCUGAGUUGGAAAGCAACGAGUCCUUUAAACUCACUCGGCAGCCCGCUCCGUCCGCCAGGAGGUGCUGCUAGUACCAACGGUGGCUGAUGAGAUUACUUCCUUCAGCACCACGGACCCCACCAGCACAGCACAUAGUCCUCAAUGCACACAGUGUCUUACGCCUGGAAAAGACAAGACAUUGGACAGACAGAGGUCAGCUUGCACGUGUGGUCAACUGCAACAUGAAACAGAGAAACCUACCAACAGUAUUAUAUGUGUCAUUGCACAUUUAUUUCAUUUAUUCAAUAGCAGUUUCCACUCUGAUGAGGUCAGGAAGCAGAAAGCCUUCAGUUUGUCCCCCUCAGCUGGUGUUUUGCUUGAAUUACAUUAAGAUUCCUGUGUGUGUGGUAUGGUACAUAGCUCGUUACAAAGAGGCGGUUUUAUCCCAUUUUCCAUAGUAACUUUAAAAUUCAGCACAAAUUAAUGACAAGUGAUCUAGCUGACGUGCUUUUUAAAGCCAGGUUUUGGCUGUUGAUGCAACUACAUUUUCAUUUUAAGAGUCAGCUGCUCUGUAGAUUUUCAUCGCACUGUGGCUCUUAAAUGGCACACAUUAAAUGAAGUUUUUUUUUUUUUACAUUAAUUCUAUAAGGCUACACUUUUCUUCUCGUGGAGCUUUUGUGCACAUGAAUGUGUCACUCUUGUAUAGAAUUAAAUUAGAAUAUUUGAAUAAGAGGUUGUCAUGAUCAAACCUUAGACGAGCAUUCAGUUCUGUAGCUCAAAUGCAGCGGCUUUACAUUCCACGUCGUCAUGUGUUUUCACACACAUUUGCUGUAUAAAGGUUUAACUGUAAUGCUGCAGAAUGAACAGCUUAGAGGCCUAAAUCGUAAUUACAGUAAAUGACGCGUUAUUUUUUUCCCCCCACCAGCUUUGCACCAACACUGCCUUUGAUUGACUAGUACUCGUUGCCUCUGUUGGUUAGGUUGGUUAAAGUUAGGGAGGGGGGAGGGUUAGGGUUAGCCAAUCAGAGGCAGAGUAGGGGCAGGACUUGGCGCAAAGCUGGUGGGGGGAAAAAAUAACACUGUUGCCACCCCCUGUUGAAACACUGUGACCAAUACUAGAAUUGUUUACAUAGCGAUUUGUUAAAGAUGUUUUCUACAUGCUGAAAUGUGUUGUCUGAGAUUUCACUACAGGGAAUGACUGUAUACGACUGCCAAACAUGAGUUUUCCAUGUAUUUUUUUACCUGAAAAAGGGGUUACAUUUAUACUAUUAAGAAGAGAAAAGACCUGCAUGUGUUUUACUCUAAACAUGUCUAACGCUGUUAAAGUUCCAAAAGAGUUGUGCUCUAUAUACUAACCAAACUCUAAGAGAACAUAUGGGAAUAUAGCCCUAAACCAAUCAAGUUUAGCUUACAAAAAAGUGGAAAAGGGAUAACAAUGAAAAUAAUCCUUAGCCCAGUUGUGUAAACUAAGAUUAUUGUUUGCUACUGUUUCUUUGGCAGUAGUGUCCUUGUAUUUGACCACUUGGGAAAUGCACUUUUGCAUACAUUUAACACAGUAUUAAUUAGGAGUUACUUUUUUGUAAGUGUUGAAACAGUUACAGUACUCCCUAAUUUUGAUAAAAUAUUGAAAUGGACAUGAAAGUUGACUUAGAUACAACAUGGUUUCCUAUGUAACAAUAUUUCUGGUUCUACAUUUCCAUAGCUUAAAAAAACAUGUUUACGUUGGUACUUGAGUUAGUUAGUACAAAUUAAAAAGUCAUUUUAAAAUGUGCCACUUUUUCCAACAUGUAUGAAGCUGAAUUCUGAGCUGCUUGGUGGGCCAGAUGUACAAUAUGUCAAAUUUACCAGCAGAUUGAUAAAAAUUUCAUAAAAUGCAGAUUUUUAAAUGCAUUACCUCCAUACAAGAGAUAACGGUGUAUUGAGAAAAUAAAUUUUAUUAGUGGUUAUAUGUUGACAUUAUGAUAAGACUCCCAACGAGUACUAUAUUUUUCGCCACACAAGUGCCUUUUUUAUGUCUUUCUAAACAAAUGUAUGAUGUGGCUAAAGAGUGCAUACUGCUAGAAUAAUGCAUGAAUUACUUGACUAAAUCAGUAUAGACUAAUUGUACUUAUAACAGUCAACUUUGAAACUGCCAAUUAUCUGCAGCCAUCCUUAUACUGUAUGCCCAAGUCAUGCUUCUCUGUAUCCUCUGUAGGCCCGAUUAACUUUUGUAUAUUAAUCAAUAUAAUAAAGUAGUGAUUAUUCUA